AUGUGCCUCAGACUCGUCGCGUCUCUCGCGGCCCUCGCCGUCGCGCAGCAGGAACCCGAGAGCUACGUACGGCCCUCGAGUAUGAACCUCGACGCCUAUAAAAAAGCAAAGGACGAGGCCGCGAUGCUGCGGCUCCUUCUGGCAAACCCAAACGCGGGCGACGCGGCCUAUUACUCACAGCUCGUGGACAUCGCGGCGGAACUCGGGCACUGCCAUGUUCUCGAUAACGCGCUCGCGCGCGGCGGUCACCCGCACGGCGAGAGCGGUUCCGGGCCGGCCCCACAAGGAACAGACUCGUGGAUGGAAGUUUCCUCGAGCGAUGACGCCGAAAAGUGGAAAGGAGCGUUGGGGGAGGACCAGGCCCACAAGGUGAAAGUCGACGAACACGCGACCCAGCAUCCCAUCGGCGUCGUCGACCACGUCGUCGACAAGAGGCCCCUGCCGCUGACCUUCGCGUGCAUCGUCCAGUCCCCGGCCGCGGUGGAGUGCGUGCGGUCGCUGCUCGAGGCCGGGGCCGACCCCGACGCGGGCGGCGGUAUGCUCGCGCCACUGAACAUGAUCGUGAACGGCGGACCCGGGGCGGCGCGGUCGGCGUCGCAGCGCGCGGUGGAGCUUGCAAUCACCAAGAUGCUCCUCGCGGCCGGCGCGGAUCCGAACGCCUCCGAGCCCUUCCAGGGUUGCAGCGCGGCCUUCUACGCCGCGCAGAAGGGCCUCGACGACAUACUGGAGGUGCUGGUGGAGAACGGCGCGGACCUGGAGAUGGCCAACAAGGGCGGCACCAACCCGAUGAUGCUCGCGGCCGCGAUCUUCGACGUGCCCGUGGAGGCCGCUGGCGGCACGGAGGCGACUGCGCGGCUCCUCGUGCGCCUCGGCGCCAAGCUCGAGCCGCCCAAGGCCAUCGAGCUUGAGCUGUCGAAUGGCAUCCCGACGCUGCCCGAGAACAAUUUUCUUCGCUAUGGCAAGACCGAGCUCGCGAAUCUCGUGCGCUACGUCAUCCGCAACGGCGGCGACACCGCGUCGCCGAAUUCGCGCGUGAACCCCGAGGCGCUCGCGCUCCGCGAGCAGCUCGUCGAUGAGUUCGAGGCCGCGGCGGCACGCUUCGUCGUCGGCGACGCCGUCGUCCUCCAGAACGUCUCGGCCACGUACAACGGCCUCGUCGGAACCAUCGCGGGCCCGAUCAAUAGCAAGCUCAGCUUCCCCGUGAGGGUUGCGCGGGAGGGGCUGCCGCCGAAGAUCAACGUCAAGAGCUCGAACCUCGCCGCGGCCGAGGACACCUACUCCGACGAGCUGUAA